AUGGGCGCCACCCCAUUUCAUCGUUCCAUCCUCGAAGUCUGGUUGGCAAAGCACUUUGACAAACCAACGGACAUGAGGUAUGACGGAACCCAAGACCCAUUGGAGCACCUCACGGCCUUUGAAGCUAGGAUGAACCUAGAGGGAGUAGGAGACGAAGUAAGAUGCCGCGCCUUCCCGAUCACCCUAGCAGGACCUGCGAUACGGUGGUUCAACAGCUUCCCGCAGGGUUUGGUGACCGGCUUCUCCAACAUUAGCCGUGCCUUCCUAGGACAAUUCACCACCAGAAUCGGGAAGGCAAAGCACACCAUCAAUCUCUUCGGCGUGACUCAGAGGACCGGCGAGCUGACCAGGAAGUAUCUGGACCAGUUCAACGAUGAAUGCCUGGAAAUAGAGGGGCUAACCGACUCCGUGGCUAGUCUUUGCCUGACAAACGGCCUCCUUAAUGAGGAUUUCUGA